CUUCACAUCUUCCGAUCUGAACUCUUCAUUUUCUCUAUCUCCAAACUCAACUGCUUCGUCUCCUAGAUCUGCAAUGGAUUCGUACGAUUUGCGCUUCGAAUCCAUUAUCCCGGAGACACAAUUUGAGGAUAUUGGAAUUGAUGAUGGGGAUUUCAUCUCUGACAAGGUGGAGGACGAGGUCAUCGUCAUCGCCAGCGACGACGAUGUGGCCGAUGNUCAUGUGCGUCGUUUGCAUGCGGCGGAGAUGCGGAUGUUAAGAUGGAUGUGUGGGAAGACAAGGUUGGAUAGGAUUUCGAAUGAAGUUAUCCGACGUCAGGUAGGCAUGGCGCCAGUGGAGGAUAAGUUGCGGGAAGCGAGGCUGAGAUGGUUUGGGCAUGUGAGACGGCGGGAUGUUAAUGCUCCUGUGCGGAGGUGCGAGAGGAUCACGGUUAUCGGGGGAAGUAGGGGAAGGGGUAGACCUAGGAAGAAUUGGAAGGAGGUGAUUAGGCAGGAUUUAGGACUUCUCACCCUGACUGAGGAUAUGGCCCUAGAUAGGAACCUUUGGAGGACUAAGAUUAGAAUAGCUGGUUAGGAGCUCGAUGCUGUAGAGGUUUUUGUAGUGUGUUGUGUUUGUUUGGUAUCUUCUACUUUUGCUUGCUGGACUUUCAUUUCAUUGUACUUAGUGCUGUAUCCUGUUAUA